AUGACAGGACCUAACGCCUCGUUCAAUGACACAGUCUUUGAGGAUGCCGUGGACUACUCAUUUUCGUACACUUCUAAGUACCCUACCGGAAGUCAGGUUGGUAUCAACGACAUCACAAUCUACGAUACUCCGUUGAGAAAGCUUCCUAAUAACUCGAUAUCAAACUCACAGUUUACGCAUAGCAUUCUGCAAGGAGCUUUGUACCGCGAUUUGGGUGGUGUGGGGCAUGAAUCGUCUUCUACUGUUCCAUAUCAGUCUGCGAAGGGAAGUGAAAGCAGUUCUAUUUCCAGGUUUCCAAUCAAUUUCAGACGAUACGAUGAUGUAAAUAUCAGCAACGAUAUUUCUUAUGAUGUGGAUAGUCUUUCUGGAAGUUCUGGUAACUUGCCGGUGAAUUCUUCCAACUAUGCAGUAGAUUCGACCCUGCUCAGAGAUGCUUCUUUCAGGAUUCAUCAAACCAAGCUCAUGCUUUCUAAAGAAAAAGAGGUUCAAUCGGAGGUAAAAAGUUUGGGAAACAAUGGCAGUCCACUCUACUACAGACCUUCAACGUCAAACAUAAAAGAUAACCAAUAUGGGAUACGAAGCUUUCUCCCUCCGAACGUAAUUCUAGGCAGCACAGACAAGACAGAGCAAUCGGCCAAGAACCGAAACAAAGUGCCACUUUUUGUAAAUAGACCACCACCUAAUGGCACAAAUUUGCAGGGACAAAAUUCGGUUGAUGUCAGACAGGUUUACAAGCAAAUCAAGACUCAGUACGAGGAUGACGAAUUGGAUGACAAUUCUCUGGAUCCAGCGGUCUUGAAUCCCCAGGGAGAAUGGAUGAAUCCGUUCAUGAGACAAGCUCUUUCCAGGCAGAUUAACAAGGAGGACGAGAUCAAGAAGUGUUUGAAGAAUGUCAUAUAUCUCAUUUCGUUUGCCUUGCUCAAGUCGCUGGUGAACAAACUUCUUGUGUUGUACGAAUUGAAAAAAAGAUCUUCGAUAACUUAUCAAUUACAGCUUCAAUACCAGAAACAUACGCCUCUGGACGUCUUGGAUAUCAUGGACAACUUGUACGUGGUAAUAUUUGGCCGUCUUAUAAUAGGUUUGUUUGUACUUAACAUCAUAGUAUCGUUGAUGAGAAUUGUUCAGGGUCUGGACCCGUGUAAGGAUUUGCCGUUAAGCGACAAACAGAGAGAGCUUAUAGGUGUGGAAAGAGAAAAGAACAACUUGCAGGAUACAAGACUGCAACUACUUGGAGGUGUAGAUGACCCUGAAGACAGAAAAGACGAGGAUGCUGAGCUCAUACUUAAGCAAAGAAAAUAUCAACUAAACAAUAACACCGAUCAGAUCCAGAAAAUGCCAAAGUACAACAAAUUGAGUGGCUACACGUCCUACAAUCUUAAUCUGAACAUUGAUUCUAAUGCUGUUGCUACUGUUACGAGUUCUCAGUCGUUGUAUCUGGUUAGAAAUGCAGCUUCGGCUGCUGUUGGUACUGGUCGUUAUGUUAGUAAUACUUCUAAUGCUGGUUACAUAAGUGGUACUGGAAAUAGCCUUGGGCUUGUAGGAAGUCAACCUUCCAGCUCCCAGUUUUUGACCAACAACAAGGUUCCUUCGAGCCGGUUGUCCAUGUCGCUCAAUCGAGCCAGCAAGUUGGACGAAGAAAAGAUGAAAGAGGAAGCAUACAAGUUUCACAGGAACUUUGAUAUAGAUUUCAAUUACGACACCUAA